CCAAAAUUGAAAAAAAAAAACAAAUUGGCAUCAUUUGCGAGGAGAUCCAAAAGAUGCUCCCAGGAAAACCCUAGAUCGAUCCCAAUAACGAAGCAUUUGAUCCCAUCGAUGAGCUUGAGAGUAGUUGAUUGAAGAUUUCGAUUUUGAGGAACUCGAAGAUCUAAACCUCGAGAGAUGGAGAGAGAUAAGGAAAGGAUGCCUUAUCCAUCGUCUUCAUCUUCUGCUGCGUCUUCCCUCGCGGCCAAGGCAAUUAGAGCAUCUUCAGCGCACAGAGACUCUUCUCUUUCCUCUGCCUACUCUUCUCCUCCUGUUCCCACUCCACCCAAGGAGGUGGUGAAGAAGCCUCAUGAGUACACGUCUAUGAAGAGUUUGAACGAACCUAAACGAAGCUUUUGGGGAAGUCUUGCUAGUAAAGCAAAGGCUCUUUUAGAUGAGGAUUCUCAACAAUUACCUCAAAGUCCCACGAGAAUGGACCACAACAUGCCUUCAGAAACUAAGGAAGCUGGUCAUACCGCUAGGAAAACAGAGAAUCCUUCCUUACAAAGAAGCUUAGAUGCCAUCACUUCAUCCUUGAAUUACAUUGGUUCUGCGGUUGAGGAAGGUAUUACUGCUGUGGAGACACGUACGGCGGGGAUCAUUCAAGAAACACGUAAAAAGAUUAAGAAAAAGCCAAGUCUUUCACGGCACCCUGAGAUACAAGCAGAUUUGGAGAUUCAACUCAAGGCUUCUCGCGACGUAAGGUGGCUGCUCUGUAUCAUUUAUUGGUUGCCAGCAGCGCUGUUUAUAUUAUAUCUUCAUUUACUGAUUAUUGAGUUUAGAAAUCAGAAAAGAGUUAUAAAUUUUUGUCAACAGGUUGCAAUGGCCAUGGCUGCCAAGGCAAAGCUUCUUCUACGUGAGCUGAAGAUGGUAAAGUCUGAUCUGGCCUUUGCAAAGCAGCGAUGCGCUCAGCUUGAAGAAGAAAACAAGGUUCUGAGGGAGGAUCAUAAUGGCGAAAACAGCCAAACUGAUAACGAUGAUCUUGUGCGACUUCAACUUGAGACGUUAUUGGCUGAGAAGGCUCGGUUAGCUCACGAGAACUCGAUAUACACACGCGAAAACCUCUAUCUGAGAGGAGUGGUCGAAUACCACCAGCUAACGAUGCAGGAUGUGGUCUACUUUGAUGAGAAGACUGAAGAAGUAACUGAGGUAUAUCCUAUUAACGUCACUUCGGUGUCUUCAUCAUCAGACACGUCUCACACUCAUCCAAACCCACAAGUCUUGGAGUUCAAGUGAGACACAACAACACUCGGUUCCUUCUCUGUUCUUGUAGUGAAUCAGACAACAAGAGAAGACAAAUGUUGUCUGUAAUCACUCUGUAUCUGUAGAAAUGUAUGUAUACUCUGUAUUCUCUUCUCUUUGGGGUGGGCCGGGCUUGAGCAUUUUAUCUAUGAAUGCUAUUUAUAACCCUUAGUUAUUGUGUUGAAUAAUUAAGGAAUAUCCCAAUAAAGGCUUAAAUUAAUUAAAAACGUUAU